CCACCCUUGCCCUAUCUGAUCUUUCAUUUCUUAAAACAGUUCUCUCCACCUCCCCCCCCCCCCCCCCCCGCCCCCUUUUCUCUUUAUGAUCUCAUAAAACCUCAAAGAAUCAGCCUUAGCUUGUUCAAGAAAAGCCAAGAAAAUGGAAAACAUUGGAGAAAACAUCUGGGACGCAAGCACACUGUUCCAAUCCGAGGAUCUUGACAGCUAUUUGGACGAGGCGAUUUUCUCCUACUACGAUUCCAGCUCGCCGGACGGCGAGCAAUCGCCGGCGGCGUCGAAGAACAUAGUUUCCGAGAGGAAUAGGAGGAAGAAGCUCAAUGAAAGGCUGUUUGCUCUCCGGGCAGUGGUCCCAAAUAUUAGCAAGAUGGACAAGGCAUCUAUAGUCAAAGAUGCAAUUGACUACAUUCAAGAGCUACAUGAACAAGAGAGGAGGAUUAAAUCCGAAAUAUCGGAGCUCGAAUCUGAAAGAUCAAAGAGGAAUAUCGUGUUUGAGCUUGACCAGGAAGGAAUAAGUUUAAAUUCAAAACCAAAAAGAACAAGAAUCGACGAACAGUACUGCCAUGACUCUCCAAACUCGAGAUCUCCCGUGGAUGUCCUUGAGUUGAGGGUAUCUUCUAUGGGGGAGAAGACACUUGUGGUGAGCCUCACUUGUAGCAAAAGAACAGACACAAUGGUAAAGCUGUGUGAGAUCUUUGAAUCUUUGAACAUUAAAAUCAUUAGUGCCACCAUCACUGCAUUCUCUGGGAGGCUUCUCAAGACUGUCUUCAUUGAGGCUGAAGAGGAAGAAAAGGAAAUCUUAAAGAUAAGAAUUGAAAGUGCAAUUGCAACUCUGAAUGAUCCAGACAGUCCAAUGAGCAUCUAGCUAGGAAUUUGAAGAAACAGAUGGAGAGUUAUUUUACAAUUCUGUAUUCUAAGUUUAUUGUGUUCUAAUUAAGUUUGUACUUUAGUCUUCUUGAUAGGUAUGUAGUUGGGUGUAUUCAUUGUUCAUAAAUUAAUAAUAUUACGCUCAUUAUAUAUAUUGA